CUGGGCCUCAAUUGCUUUCAAUGCUUCAACAAAAGAAGGUGGGAUGAGGUUGCGAACAAGGGUCUAAGCUCCACUUUAUGACAUUGAGUAGAGUUUGGUAUACAACCCUAACCCUGGUUCCGCUCGUACUUGGAAACCAUCUCGCGAUUCAAACAUGGCGAUUGCUUUGUGAAGCUGCCAAUUCAAGAUCCUUUGGUGGGACUGGCGCCGAGAUAAAUGAUGAGAUCCAGCUCAGUGGUAACCCGAGGCCAAGCUAGUGACUGCCGAUGCGGCGCGACUGGUGCGUUUCACAUCAUCACCCGUCCGCAGCUUUCCUUGGUUCUCAUUUCCUGAUCCUCGCGUUAUAAGCCCGCCAACUCUCAUGCGCAGUGCCUCCGGUUACUAGAUCUCACAACCCCAUCGUCACAUCAAAUUCAUACUAAGCCUCUGUAAUGACCUAGUUUUGACUUCGCACUCGGAAACUGCAACAGACGGCCAUUUACGACUCCUAAACCACCUAUCCAGCUCGCACAACUCACCAACAUGUCUUUCCUAACCACAACCACCAACCUAUCCCACUCCUCCACCCUCCCAGAAGGAACCACCCACUCCCUCGCCCUCUCCAUGCUCUCAGACUACGAAUUCUUCCUCUCCUGCGACCCCGUCCUCGAUUCCUUCAAACCCCUCCCACCAAAUCCCUCUCCUGACCUUCCCUCAAGUAUCACGUCCCAAAUCCGAACUGAUACCCACCAACAACGGGGUAUCUCCUACACCGUCAUCGACAUUGUACACACCACAAUCUGGGACUCCAAAGUCGUCAGCACGUACGAGUUCACCGACAUUACCAAUGGGGUCUUUGUUCGAAUCAAGUCACCGAUGGGGAUAAUCAUGGAUACAGUAUGGCAAGUUAGGGAGAAGCAAGAUAAGAAAGGGGAGUGGGAGCUGGUGGAGGACUUGGAGAUAAGGUGUAACCGGCUGUUGGUGGGUGUGGUGAAGGGGCAAUGUGAGGAGGGGUGGGGGAAGAUUCAUGGGAAGAUGAUUAAGAGGUUGGAAGAGGAUAUCAACAAGGCAGAUGGGAAGUGA